AUGGAUUCUCCGGUGGGUAGCGUCAGUAGUAGCGACUUGCGGCGACAGAAUGAAGAGCUUCGCGCUCGCUUGGCGGGUGAAGCUGCCGACCAUAAACGAAGAUUAGACGCUUAUCGCAGGGCGCAACAAGGACAAGCGCAAUUGGUUUCCAGGCUUCAGGCAAAGGUUUUGCAAUAUAAGCAGCGUUGCGCCGAUCUGGAGAGUCAUAUGCUGGAAGCAACUCCUCGCAGCGAACCUUCAUCUUACCGAGGUCCUAGCGCUAAAACUAGCAUCGCGCUCCCUCCGCCGCCCGCUUCGGCAACGUCGUCCGCCGUCGCUGCUGCCGACGCCAGAAUUAACGAUCUUGAGACUGCGCUAAGACGACUAGACGAGGAAAAGCGCAAAUGUGAGAAACUAGCCCAUCAAAACACCUUGCUCCGUGACCAGCUGGAGGAGUCUCAUCAAUUAAAUGAAGCUUUGACUGCUGACUUGCAAAAACUCACCAAUGAUUGGGAGGGAUUGCGCGAUGAGAUGGCUAUCAAAGAAGAUGAAUGGAAAGAUGAGGAACAGGCUUUCAAUGACUACUACUCCAGCGAGCACAACCGCUUACUCAGUUUGUGGCGUGAAGUUGUAUCCGUGAAGCGCCACUUCUCUGAGCUGCAAACCAACACCGAGCGUGACCUCUAUCGAGUCAAGAACGACUUUGAUUCAAAUGUCAGGGAGCUGGUUGGCGUGCUCAGCGGGUAUUCCAUGAAUGCGUUCGCUGCACAGACUGGUUUGGCUACAGCUGGACCAUGUAAGCAACAACAACUGGAAUGCCAGUCUGGAGGCCAGUAUUGCCAGUCUGGACAGCAAUCUUUCUGUGGCCCGUGCGGCACCGGGCAGUCAGCAGCAACGGGGCUUUCAACAACGGCCUCUGGCAACAUCAACGUGGAGAGCAUGCGCGUGGACCUGCGCGACAUGACGGCGCAGAGGGACACCGCGCUCGCUGAACUAAGGGAGCGAGACGCGCGGAUACAGAGACUGCUGGGAGAACUGCAGGGGCUUGAAGAGCGUUGUGAAAUGGCUGAAGUCGCAUGCAGUGAGGCGAACGUGAUGCGCGGCGCGCUGGAGGAGGUGGCGCGCGCGCUCAUACACGACUCCGACACCGACGCGCCUGCGCACGCGCCGCACCCGCCGCACGCGCCGCACGUGCAUCUACACGACAGAUCACCAAAGCGUGUGUCGUCGUCGGCCAACGCGACAGCCUUCGCCGAAAGCACCAUAUCGGCCGUACAGGCUGUGCUGCACAAGUACCAGAUACAAAUACACGAACUACAGGUAAAACUGCAAAACUCCAGAGAGCAGUUGAUAACGUGUAGAAAACAUGGCGAGGCGGCCGACAUGGCUAUCGCUUCUCUUGAGAGCAAAGUUCAAGAUCUACAAGGUAAACUAGAUCAAGCCAAUGCUGAUCUUCAUCAACUCUUGCAAGAGAAAGAGUCAAUGCAGAAGACGCUCGAGGCGCUCAGAAUAGACAAGAACAAUCUAGAACGAAACAGAGUAGAAAUUAAUGCUAUGGUGGAAUCUUUGACAUCGGAUUACGAGAAACUUCAGAAGAUUAACUCUCGUCUAGAGAAAAUGAUAGAGGUUUUGGAGACUGAGAAGAGGAACCUGAACUGUGAAGUGGAUCAGUUGCAUCGUGAGGCGUCCAGUCGGGAGGGAGUGUUGAGGGCUGAAGAAGAACGUUCUUCGCGCCUACGCUCAGAGCUGGUGUCGACUAGGGAAGAGCUCAACAAAACCCUCUUAGCCAGAGACUUAUUGGAUCAACAGAAGUUGGAAGGUGACGCUAUACUGUCGCAAAUGGAGAAACACAGAAGUGACCUUGAGAUAGAACUGGAGAGAACUCUUAUUGAAAGGGGAGACUUGCAAAAUCUCGUGGAGAAACUAGAGGCAGCAGUCAGAAACCUCGAAGGUGAUAAGAAGAAACUGCAGGAUGAUGUGAAACAGUUGGAGGAUGAGAAAUCAGGUCUUUCAAAUCAAUCAUCGGAUCUACAGGGUGAUCUAAAUUCUCUACGUAAAGAGUUACUCGCCGCAGAACAAACUCGUAUGGAGCUGGAGGCUGACAAGGCGUCGCUCUGUGAGAAGAUCAAAUUCGUUGAGGCUGAUCGGGAGAAGGUUGAAAUGGAGUUGAGACAAGUUGCUAGAGAGCGAGGUGAGUUAAGCUCUCAACUAACAGCGAUGGUUCGCAAGAAGGAUACUUUGAAUGAAGAAAUCAUUCGCCUGCAACAGCGGUUAGAACAGGCCAAUGAGACCAUUGGGAGGAUCAACAGAAGUCUCGAAGAUCACGUUAAAGAUGGGGAAGAGAAGCAGAUCAUAAUGGACAGUCUAGAAAAAGACAAGCAGCACUUACAAGAGCAGCUGGCCGGAGUGCGCUCGGAGAAGGACGCGCUGGAGGCGGUGCUGUUCGACACCGCCAACAUGCUGGAGGACGCCGACAACAAGCGCAACAAGCUGGAGCACGAGCUGCAGGACACCUUGGUGCAACAAGAGAAUCUCAAAGGACAAGUUACACGUUUGUCGAAAGACCUGGAAAACAGUGAGAAAAAGCUACGUGACACACGCAAUUCCAUGCAACAACAAUCUGGGAAGAAGGAGGCCGAGUAUCAACAAAUUAUAACGAACAUUAACCGAACCACUGCACAGAAUAUUACUAAACUGAAAGAAGAGAAGGAACAACUCCGACAAGCUUUAGAACACAAGCUAAGCCAGACAGUGGCGUCGCUGACGAGCGAAAAGGAAUGCAGUGAGGCGGCCGCACGAGAGAGAGAGAAGAAACUACUGGUGGCGCGCGACCAGCUCAUCCUGCAGCACGACGAGGCCUUGCUGCGCGCCGAAAACGAUAAGCAACAGGCGCUGCUCAUGGCUCACCAAGAGCAGCAAGCUCUUCUAGAACGCUUAGAAGAAGCCAAGCGUGCAUUGGAUUGUGAGCAGAACAAAUUGGAAAGGUGUCGCAGGGAAGGUCACGCUCGCGCAGAACAAGACAGAACAUAUCUCAACCAGCUCAAGGACGAGAUCGCCGCGCUCAAGACUAAGUUAGAAGAGGCCAAGGCAAAUGCUGAAGACGAAUGCUCACGCUUUGAAAACCGCAUUAAAGAACUGCAUUUAGAAAAGGAGUCUGUUGUAAAGGAAUGUACCGAAGUCCGCGCUGCUCUGUCCCUCGCCGAAGACAAGUAUGACAAUACGUAUGCCCAACUACAAGAGACCAUCAGGAAACUUAAAGAAUUGGAGAACGAAUCAGACAGUCUACGCAAGGAACUGACUGACGUUCGUCGGCAGCUGACCAACUGUACGGCGGAACGUGACAAGUACAAUAGCAGCUGUCGCGAGCUACGUGAUCACGUCAAGAGAGUCGAACAGGAGAGGAGGGAAGCUGCCAGGGCCAGGGACGAAGCUUAUCAUAAGAUUGCUGGACUAGAAGAAAACCGCACAUCUCUAGAUCUUGAAUUAUCGCGCGUCCAAAUGUUACUGAAGGAGAGUGAAACUGGUGGGGAGCACGUAACUCGUGUUCUCAAAGCUGCCGAGGGGCAGUUGAAGAGAGAGCGGGCGGCUCUCGAACAGGCUCAACAUGAUAUCAAGGAGUUGCAGUCUAGGUUACAAAACGAGAGCGAGGAGCGCGAGCGCGCGGCGGGCGAGGCGGGGGCGGCGCGGCGCCACGGCGCGGAGCUGGAGGCGCUGCUGGCGCAGGCGCGCGCCGACCUGGCCGCCACGCGCCAGCGCGCCGCCGACCUGGAGGACGCCUGCCGCGCCAGGGACCAGGAAUUAGUACUUCGUUUAGAAGACUGUAGAUCAAAGGAACGUCGUCUGGAAGAGCUAAAACAUAAUUUGGAAGUAUGCCUUGCGGACGCUACUCAACAAAUACAAGAGCUCAAAGCCCGUCUCGGCGGCAGCGAAGGGCGCUGCCGAGCGCUGGAAGCGUCGCUGUCGCAGUGCGAGGCGGCGAAGCGCGAGAGCGAGGCCAAGCUGUCGUCGGUGGCGCACGCCCUGCGGCGCGUGUGCGGCGUGCAGCCCGACGGCUCCGUGCACGCCGCCGCGCGCCGCCGCCUCGCCAGCCCCGCGCGCCGCUACAGCCCGCACAGAGGUCGCGACCACUCCGAGGACCGUAACGAAAUCAUAGAAGUUGACCCAGAGAUCAUUAAGAAGGGCAUGCGCAACUUGAUGCAUGACGUUUGUCAAAUUGAAAGGGAGAAGGAUGAUUACAAAUCUCAAGUGAACUUAAUGAAGAAACAACUCAAGGAGGCGAAUGAGCAACAAGGCAAGGGCGACAACAAGCUGCAGUCGAUGAGCAGUAAUUUGAAAUCUGUUCAAGAGGAGAAGGCCAGGCUGCAGUCCGCUUGUUCGCAGAAGGAAGCACAACUUAAAGCUUUGAACGACUCGGUCCAAACCAAGACUGUGGAGAUUAGCAAUCUGAGAGACAAAAUAACUAGUUUAGAAGCAGCGCUGAGUUCUAUCAGUGAAGAGAAAGUACAACAUGAGAACAAAGGAGAAAAUCUUCGGGUACAGUUAGCAGAAAGAGUUCAGGAGGUCGGACAGCUACGCGAAGCACUCGCCGCAGCCGAAGGGCGCGCGGCGCGCCUGGACGUGCGGCGCGCGCAGCUCGAGGGGGACGUGCAGCGCGCCGCCGUGGGCGCCAGGGACCGCGACCAGGCCUUCAAGAAACUUCAAGAACGUUGUGAGGGCUACACCCGCACCAUCGCUCAACUGGAAGACCGAUGCACGUCCCUAAAGGGUACGGUGGAGCAGCUGUCCACGUCGCUGCAGAAGGCGGCGGCGGCCGAGAGCGAGCUGCGCGCCGAGCUGGGCAAGGUGAGCCGCCAGCUCAACGAGGCCAAGAUCAAUGAAAACAACGCCGUGGACAAGCUGCGUCACCUGCAGAAGUGUGUCAGCAACUGUGAGAACGAAAAACGAGUAUUAGCGGAAAAGUUCGAAAGUGCCAAAUCAGCCCUGGGCGAAUUCAAGAGGUUGAAUGCCACACUGGAGGACCAGGUGCAUCGCCUCACCAACCAGCUCGCUAACUUUGAAGUUCAAAAGUCUGCGCUAGAGUCUCAGCUGCGCAUGACGGCGUGGGACGGCAAGGAGAGCAGCGCGGACAGCGAGCUGGAGCGCGAGCUGCACCAGCUGCAGCGCGAGCGCGCCGAGCUCAGGUCCAAGUGCGACGUGCUGCACGACACCGUGCGCAAGCUGGAGGCCGAGCGCCGCCUCGCCGCCCGCGCCCCGCCCUCGCACCCCGCCCUGCGCAGCAAGAGCCACGACCGCGCCGACAAGGCCGUCUACUACUCCGACAUUGACUCGGGUCCAGACUCCAACAAAGAUUCCUCAACUCGCGGUUACAAAGAACUCAUCAGGGAAUGCAAGUGCAGCACGAUUCCAUCUAAGGACAGAGGUUUUACUACGGACCUCACCUUCCUGGAGCUGGAGAACAGGGAGCUCAGAAUGAAGAUCAGGCGUUUGGAGAAAGAACUAGCUGAUAAAGAGGCGGAGCUGUCGGUGGCGCGGUCGCGCGCGGGGGCGGAGUGCGCGGGGGAGGAGGCGGAGCGCUACCGGCAGGCCGCCGCGCACGCCGAGCGCCUGCUCGACGCGCGCGAGGCCGCCCACCGCCAGCAGGUACUGCGCCUCGAGACACAGGCGAAUCAGCUCCGCAACCAGCUGUCGGCCGAGAUCCGGCGGCGCCAGGCGUACGUGGCCCGCAGCGGUCGCGCGGCUCGGGACGUGCAACGUCUGCGCUCAGCGCUCGGGGACUCGCUGCGGACUGUUUCACAGGAUCCAGCGUUGGAUUGUUAUACAUUGGAAAGCGAGGCCAGGAAGUUAGACAGCACACUCACCCACAGUCUGCCACCGCUGAACGACAGUUACGACUCUUCCAAAUAA